AUGAAAUAGUAUAUUGAAGUUGGUUAUGCUCUUUCAAAUAGAGUGAAAUGUUAGAAUUGUCUUUAGAACAUUGUUAAGGAUGACAUCAGGAUAGGACAUGUAUUGACUCGACCACCUGGUUUUGGCUUUGACAAGAAAAUAUGGUACCACUUGCUUUGUCUAACUUCAAUAAAGGGAGAUAGAAAUCAAGAUUUGGAUAUAGUUAAUAUUCACAGUUUGAAGGAAGGAGAUUAACAGAAAGUGAGACAGAAGGUGGAUUAGAUAAAGAAAAGUAGCUACUAAAAAAAAGAUCAAAAGGAAGUGAAAUAUUUGUCCAAGUAGGAACACUUUCAAAAUUACGUGAAGAUCUAAAAGGAUUUGCAUUUUAAUCAAAAGCUACGUCAAUAGGCGAUGUUUUUUUAGAAGAUGGAUUAAACUGAUGAAUAAUGGUGA